UGCCAGCUGCAGCCGGAAGUGCUUCCUCCGGCCCAGCGAUGUGUUUCCGGUUUAAAGAAACAGCGCGGUGAAUUCAACAAGCUGUCGGCUGUGUGACCCACCUGACAGCUUCCACCGGGGGUCGUUCAACACGACUGGGGUUCCUGUCACUAACCAGCCGGGCAACGUGAAGCUCUUUUACAGUGAUGGAGGCGGACAGGAUGGAGGUGGCGAGCCAGAAACAAGACAUCCAUGUGGAGGUCCAUGUUAGAUCUGACAGCACAGCUAAACUGUCUGAGGUGAAGAUGCAUGUUCUGGCUCUACUGAAUCGCCACAGCAUAGUUUUUGGAAACUACAGAUGGACGGAGUUUGAUGAAGACUUUCUCAGGAAACAUGUGGAGUCUGUGUCUAUAGUUGAUAUCGAGGAGAUGGCAACACAGCCCCUUGAUCUGACAAGCUGCUCUGUCUCUGUUCACGUCUUCAUUCUGAAUGAGGAUGGACCCAGCACGCUCAGUUUGGAAGAAGAUGAAGAGCUUUCAGCAGCCAAUCACUGGCUGUUGCCUGCAGCUGAAUUCCAUGGGAUUUGGGAGAGCCUGGUGUAUGACAGUGGAGUCAAAACCCAGCUCCUGGAUUAUGUCACAACAACAAUUUACUUCUCAGACAAAAAUGUCAAUAGCAACCUGAUUUCAUGGAACCGCGUUGUUCUGCUCCACGGACCCCCGGGCACAGGGAAAACGUCACUGUGCAAAGCUCUUGCCCAGAAGCUGUCAAUCAGACUGUCAAGUCGGUAUUCUUACGGCCAAUUUGUCGAGAUAAACAGCCACAGUUUAUUCUCAAAGUGGUUCUCAGAGAGCGGCAAGCUGGUCACAAAGAUGUUUCAAAAGAUCCAACAACUGAUCGAUGACAAAGACGCUCUGGUGUUUGUUCUGAUUGAUGAGGUGGAGAGUUUGACAGCAGCAAGGAACGCCAGCCAGGCUGGAACCGAGCCCUCUGACGCCAUUCGAGUGGUCAACUCUGUCCUCACUCAGCUGGACCAGAUCAAGCGACAUUCGAACGUUGUGAUCUUGACGACCUCCAACGUGACAGAAAAGAUUGACUUGGCGUUUGUGGACAGAGCUGACAUCAAGCAGUACAUUGGACCCCCGUCCGAGAAGGGCAUCUACAACAUCUACCUCUCCUGCCUCGAAGAGCUGAUGAAGUGCCAGAUCAUCUACCCCCGGCAGCAGCUGUUUACCAUGUUUGAGCUGGAGACCAUGGGGUUUGCUAAGAGCGAGGUGUCUGAACACAGCCUGAACCUGAGGAACUUGGCUCUAAAAAGCAAAGGUUUGAGCGGAAGAGCACUCAGGAAGUUACCGUUUCUGGCCCAUGCACUGUUUGUGAGGUCACCGACAGUGACUCUCGAGAGGUUUCUAGAGGCUAUGGACCGAGCGGUGGAUAAACAGAUGGAGGAAAAAGCUAAUCUGGUCAAUGGUUUCUGAAACUCAUUACAUCGCCUGAAGGCUGGCACAUGAUUGUUCAUGAGCUCAGGAUCCCAUGCCCUGUUUGUCUGUAGUUCAGAAAAACUAGAACCUUUGUAUCUGUUUAUUGAGCUGCAUUCAUUCAUUUGGCAUCACCGUGUUAAAUUUAUUAAAGAGUAACAGUAUUUAACAAAUGUUAUACAUAACAAGUCUUUAUCCAGGUAAUUUUGUUGGUGCUAGUACUUUACAAGAGCGACAUGAAAUGUUUCAUGUCACUUUCAGUAAAGGCGGUUUGACAGUUUGGUUCAACAUGGAGCACCUGAUGCCUGAAAUUUCUAUGUGCCAAUAAUUAACUGUUUUCACAUUUCCAAGGUGUUGAUGUUUUUAUGCUUUAACUGUACCGGUGCCUGUAGCAGUGAGUUUCUUAGGGACAUUGGCUCAGUCUGCGGAUGGUUUUGUUGGAGAUAUUUCACUGAAAAAGCAGCUUGUCAGACAGAAGUGAAUAGUUCCAUGGUGGGUCAGAGGCCACAGUGGACAGUAAACCAUCAGAACUACAGAAAGUGAAAGAUUUAAGUUCCUUUGAGUUUUUUCAUGUGGAUAAAAGUUUCUGUGCAGGACACCAUUGUCUGUUUAAUAAUGUUAACUGUCUGUUCACCGUGCUUUGUCUUUCCUACACUGUUCAUGUCUUUUAAAAAGAGCCGUUUCUCUUUGUCCAAAGUUCAAAGAAAAUGUUGAUUGUUUUUCGUUUCAGUUCUAUAUUUAUGUUAACAACAAAUCCUCUUUAAACUCCAGCCUCAUAGGCAUAUUACAACUUUAUUUUGUAUAUAACAUUGUAAUAAACAACACUGUUUAUACUGUG